UUGACAUUAUUGUAUUUUCUUAAGCAAGUAGUUCGUUAAUUUGAAAAGCUUUAUAUUUUUUACGUGAAUACGAAUUUUGAACCCUUAUUAUAAUUUACUAUUUUGUUGUUUUACUGAUUUAUGUAAGUAAUAAGAUUAAUAUAAAGACUGUCAUAAUGGAUUAUUCAACUAUAAGUAAUAAAACGGGCUUAACUGAAAUCGAAGACAUAACGAACAGCGAAUUGACUGAACGUUAUUAUUCCCUCAAAAAGCAAUUUGAAGCAGUAUCUAUCAGCUAUGAAGCGACAAAACAAGAAUUGCAUGAUAUUAAAAGAAGUUAUCAGACCGCUUUGGAUGUCCAAAGUCAUUUGACCGCUGAAUUGGAUGCUCAUCAGGCAGACGAAGAAAAGCGAAGAAGUGAACUGAAUUUGCGAAUAUCGUCGCUGCAAGAUGAUAUUUCAUCAUUACGGGAAGAGAAGACAGAGUUAAUAGAUAAACAUGCGAUUGAAGUUAAAAAGUUUGAAGCGGACAUUCGUCUUUUAAAAGAGGAACAGGCGAUAGCUAAUCAAAGGCUCAAAUCAAGUCCGGUGAAGGAUACAAGUGAGUUGGAUGAAGCACGCGCAGCUGUGACAAUUGCAUUAUCCGAUGCGGCUGAAGCAAAAGCAGCGCUUGACGAAGCACGCGCUGAAAUCGAGUCGUGGCGGAUGAAAGUUGAGGAGUUGUUGACAGAUAUGUCCGAGGUGAAAGCAGCGGCAGAUUUGCGCCGUGAAGAGUUAAAAGCCGCUGGAGAGCGCGAGGCGGCAGCGCUGGCUGAUUUAGCUGAAGUCAGGGCAAUGCUGCAUCAGUAUACUGAUGCCCAAGAUUUACAGCCACAUGCUGCUAAAGGUAAUUCAAUAUUUGCUGAGGUGGAGGAUAAAAGACAGGAGAUGGCUAAAAACUUAAUACAAAUGAAACAGACCAAUUCAAGGUUGAGAAGAGAGCUGGCAAAUAAACAGGCCGAGGUGGACACGUUACUCCACGAGAAGCAGACUAUUUGGGAACAGCAGAUUGGAGCAUCAGCACAUUAUGAUAAAGAACUUAUAGAUAGUUAUGAAGAGCGCAUCACGCAGCUAAAAGGUCUUUGCGAGAAACAGAGAAGGGAGCUGGCGAGAUGGUUCGGCAAGCUGUGCGAACCGACCGCCAAUGGAUGGCUGCCGGGAGUGUUGGAUCAUUUAAAAUCAGAAUGUGAACAGCUACGCGAGGAAGUGUUGUCCCGCGGCGCUGCGCAGCUCGCGAGCGCAGCGCAAGUACGGGAACUGCGUAGGAAACUCGCCGUGCUGACGGCCAACGGAGCUAAACAAGCUAUCAGCUCCCCACCUGAACCUAAUGUCCAAGAUGAUAAGGAAGAUACUGCAGUGGCCAGACUGCAAGUCAAAAGCAAACCGACCGUUGAUGAUGUUAAAAAGAAAGUGUCCUUCAAUUAAUUAGAAAUAAUGAUUUUAAGUAAAUAAUAUUAUGUACAUAGAUAUAAAUGUUUU